UCUCACAAGCCGGCAACCAGUUACCGUUCAGUUUUUCCAUCAACGUCGCCGACAUCGGACGUGGUGCGUCUCGCGUUAUUUUCCAUCUCAACGAUCUGAGUUUUUGUCCAACGGAAUACGAAACAUUUAACAACACAAGACUGAGUGAAGUGGAAUUUAUGGGAAAAAUAAAAGAAAAAUACAACUAAAGAUCAUCGCGCGUCGUGCAAAACUCAAACAAGAAAAGUUUUGAAAAAUACCAGAAAAAUUAUAUUGUGUUUAGUGUUCAAAUUCAAAAGAAAUCAAAGAAAAUACGAAAUAGAACAUAGUAAAAAAAAACCCAACCAUUUUGGAGUAUUAUAGGAAAUAGCGGCUCCUCGAGAGGCCGCCGCCGACGGCUGUCCAGCGAUGACAGCAGCAGCCAUUGGGCAGAGCAUUUGACCCCAACCAAAAAAGAAACACAACCGAAAAGCCAAACAGGACUCCCUACCAAGGAUUCCCCGAAACGCAAAACAAAAAUUUUUGUGGGCCGCACCGAUACGUCACCAAAUGUGGAAAAUGUUGGAUAUCAUGGAUAUGCCCUCCUCCGAUGCGGACAUCUUUAUGUUCGAGUGCGACGACUGUGCGGGGGGCAUGUUGCCCAUGCCGCUGGCACCGCCGCCACAGUUCCUUAUACCGCCGCCACCGAGGCCGCCAGCGCUCGCCGAGUACACGGUGGUGCCGCAGGACUGCAACGACGAGCAGUUGGCCCAGCAGCAAUGGGACAGCGAUGUCUGCCAGGCAAUGCCGAUCUUGGAUGCCAGCCUGUACAGCAGUCAAUCGUUGGCCACUUCGGCCAUGAUUGCGGUCUUCUCGCUGCUGUUGGUCUUGAUUGUUCUCAUCUCGUCGCUAUUCGUUUGGAAAAACAAACGUAAAGUCCAGAAUCUCCUGCCUUGCAAGACGCCCACCCGCGGUGGACCCCUCACCGGGGCCAUGCCUUUGGGCGGCGGCGGAACCCUGGGUUCGGCGCACCAUCAUCACCAUCAUCAUGGCCUGUACGAGGAUCCCGAUGCACAUUUGGGCCAUCAUCGGCCACUGGUGAUGCAUCGGCAUCAUCAUCAUCACCAGCAUCACCAGCAGUUGCCCCAUCAUCAUCAUCAUCAUUAUCAGCAGCAUCAUUCAGAGCUGCUUCAAGGCAAAAGCAUUCACUAUCCCAGCGGCUAUCCCAUGACACGGUCGCCCCCCUUCCUCGUCAGCUCCUCACCCGGACCCGAUCCGUAUCGCUCCAAUGACAAUGUGUACGAGGAGCUGGGACCGGGACGCGUCGAUUCCGAUGGCGAAUCAGAGCCACCGCUACAUUCCGAUGAUGAUUUCGCCGAGGACGAGCUGUCGCUGCCAGGCGAAUGCAGUUUCCAGAAGGAGUCGCCAGCAGCAGGGGCAGGGGCAGGGCCCGUGGCAGCGGCCAACAGCCCAGCGGCUCCUGGGGCCACGCCCUAUCAUGAGCGUGCUGGGGGCAGUGGGACACAGGGACUGCUGCAGCAGGCGCCCCAAGAGCGUCACAGUGUCCUGAGCAGUGGAUCGUCGACGGGCCAGGAUGCCUCCACGGCCACAGCCUCUUCGGGCUCCGGCUCGGGCAACAACAACAACAACAACGAGCUGCUGCUGGCGCGACGCACUCCCCGCACGCGACAGCCGCGCAGCAAUCCGGCAGCCCAGGAUCAGGAUCUGAAUAACAGUAGUUCGACGGCCGAAAUCGCCGACCUGGCGCCCCUGUACGACAACCGCAGCAACCUGAUGUCCCUGGGCUACAUGGCCCGCUCGACGGCGCCCCAGUUCUACAACACGCUGGAGCACGAGGUGGAGCGCCGGAACCGCAUCAAUGCGCAGCUGAGCAAGGCCCCCGUGCCGCCCCUGUCGACCAUCUACAGGGAACGCAUACGGUAUCCGGCGGCCAACCAGCAGUAUCCCUCGAACAGUGCCAGUGGCCUGAUGGCCGCCACAAUGCGGGCGCGCACCCAGCCCCGGAUAGUGGAUCGUCGCUUGGCGGCGCAUCAGCAUCAGCACCAUCGCAUCCAUGCGGCGCCGUUGCACCAGGAGCCCGCCUAUGGCUAUGCCGAGCCGAUGUACAAUGCCAACUAUUACUACGAGAGUGCGGCCAAUCAGCAGGCCAGGGCCGUGCCCUUUGCCACCUCCACCGGGGACUAUCGGCAUCCGUAUGGCGACUCGAGUUUUGGCUCCGAUUCGGGGUACAGUCACCACACGCCCGCCAGCUCCAUCGGCAGGCAGGACUACGAUCUGGCCGAGCCGCAGCUGCAGCAGCUCCAGCAGCCCAAGCAGCCCAGCAAACUGAGCUCCGCCUUGAGCUUUGGCUGGAACAGGGGCAGGGGCAAGGCCACGCCCAUGAUGGUUGUGGCGGCCACAGCGACGGCCUCCAGCAGCAGCAGUGCCGAGGCCACGAGCCCCAACAACAACAGCAGCGCCUGCUCCACGGUCACCUCGCAGCUGGAAAAUAACAAUCCCGCUGCAGCCAGUCUGUCGCCGGCGUAGAUCCUUUCAGUGUAAAUACAGGAAUAUGUGGGGUAUUCCCCUGUACAGUUAGUCUUAGGCUUCCUAUAACCCCCCCUGAUCUGUCCUGCGUGUACAUCGUCAAAGCAAUAGAUAAUAAAUUUAACAAAAGAAGAGAGCCCAAAGUUUCUUGAUAGGUUUAUUAUUAUACGGAUACGGAUACGAAAUGGAUGGAUCGUACGGCCAUAAAACAAGUUUUCGCUCUGUUUCAAAAGCAAAACUUAUCGUCUCGAAAGCAAAGAACUUAUAGAUCCUAAGUGUUUUUCCAAUGUGAUUGCCAAAUUCUACAAUAUAUAUAUUUAAAAAACAAAAACAACAACAGAACAAAACUAAAAACUACAAUUAAAUAUUAAUUUAUAAUGACUAUCAAAUAUCCCUUAAAUCAUAAAGUACUUUUAAGUUAUUUUUUAAUUUUGUUUGUUAUUUUAGUUUUUAAGCGAGAACACGAAGAAAAAAACAAUGGAAAAAAUGCAUAAAAAAACAAACAAAGAAAAUCGUUGAAGCGAAGUUCAACCGAAAAUAUACCAAAAUAUCAGAAAAAACAAAAACACCAUAUAAAAAACAAAUUGGCUUUUUUAAUUUUUUUAAAAAUAGGAGUUUCUUUAAAUAUGGGAAACUUUUAGGAAGAAGCAGGUAUAGAUAGAUCUCAUAAUUAAGGCACAGAAAAUGGUACUUUUCUCAUUAAUGAUUUUAAGGCAAAAUUUUGAUUCAAAUAGGUUUAAUUUUAGAGUUUUUACAGACAAAAAUUCCUUGAGAUCGUUAAAUUUACCUCCUUUAUUGCUCAGUGGCUCCCCGUGCUGGCUAAUGCGUUCAUGUUUGGUACUAAGGCUCUGUCGCUGUAAAGGCUAUAAUUUCGUAGCAUACUUUUGAGCAGUCACAGUAACAAGCGCCAUUUGCAGGGCAUACUUUUGAGCGACAAAUGAAUACCAAAUAAUGUGGCAUACUUUUGGGAGUACAUGCUAAACCUCUGUUAUUUUCCACAACCAAUUCUUAUAUUUAACAGAGCACUGUCACUUUUAACAGAACCUAAGAUUACAGAAAAGCUUAAAAUUUUUCUUUUGAGCGGCACAUAUGCAAAAGCAAACAAUGUGGCAGACUUUCGGGCAGACCAUGCAAAAAGUCUUUCCUAUUAUUUUCCACAUCCAAUUCUUAUAUUUAACAGACCACUGUCACUUUUAACAGGAACUUAACACUACAGAUGGACUUAACAUUUUUCUUUUGGGCGGCCCCUAUGAAAUAUCAAAUAAUUUGGCAUACUUUUGGGUUGUCGCUGCAUAACUUCUCUUUUAUUUUCCCCAGCCAAUUCUUAUACUUAACAGACCACUGCCACUUUUAACAGGAACUUAACAUUACAGAAAGACUCUAUUUUUAAUAUAAUUUUUUUUCCAGCAAACUUAAAUGCAUUUAACCCAAAGCCUUGACACACACACACAUAGAGGCUCGAACAAGACUGUUUAAAUAUAUAUUAUAUGAAUAUUAAACUAAAACAUAUUUUACUUAUUGCCGAAACAAUAACUAAAAUAAACUGUAUAAACGGAAAUCUAGCGGUUAAGGCUUGUGUAAAAACGUAAAACCGAAAAAACUAAAAACACCCAUUAGGUAUAUCGAGUGAACCAUUUUUAGACGGGCAGCAACCCAACCCUUGCAUUCCCCGAAAAGCACUUGCUAGGUUGUAACCCUGUACAUAGCGGGAGGUGAGGACCGCCAGGACCUACUCCUGCACAGCCUUCGGAAUAUAUAGCCCAUAGCCAUAAACCCUCUAGCGUCAUGAAGCGAAAAAUGUUAAAUUUUCUUAAAUGAGCACAAUGCAAUGUAUCCUAUAAAA